GUGGCUAAUGCAUUACUUGAUUUCUACUCUAAGCAUGACUGUGUUUCUGAAGUGAAGAAACUUUUCGAUGAGAUGCCAGAACUGGAUGGCGUCUCUUACAAUGUACUCAUUACAUGUUAUGCUUGGAAUGGCCAACUCAUAGAAUCUUUUGAUCUUUUCCGGGCAUUACAGUAUACUAAAUUUGACCGCAGGCAAUUCCCAUUUUCAACCAUAUUGAGCAUCGCUGCAAAUACUCUAAACCUGGAAUUGGGCAGGCAAAUUCAUUCCCAAGUUAUUGUGACAGGUGCUGAUUCCGAAAUUAAGGUUGGAAAUGCUUUGGUUGACAUGUAUGCUAAGUGUGGCAAAUACGAAGCAAAUGGGAUUUUUGCAAAUCUUACCCAUCAAAGUUCAGUUCCUUGGACAGCCUUGAUAUCAGCUUAUGUUCAGAAGGGACUCCAUGAAGAAGGCCUGACUCUAUUCUUUGAGAUGCAGAAGCGCAAAAUAGGUGCUGAUUCAGCCACUUAUGCUAGCAUCUUAAGAGCCUGUGCAAGCUUAGCCUCACUUUCACUGGGAAAGCAGUUACACUCGUACAUAAUCAGAUCCGGAUACAUUUCAAAUGUAUUCUCUGGAAGUGCACUGCUUGACAUGUAUGCAAAAUGUGGAUCCAUGAAAGAUGCGCUUCAUUUUCAAGAGAUGCCUGUAAGGAAUUCCGUCUCUUGGAAUGCACUAAUUUCAGCUUAUGCACAAAAUGGAGACGGUGACCUUACUCUUAGAUCAUUUGAACAAAUGGUCCAUUCAGGUUUGCAACCAGAUUCAGUCGGCUUCCUUAGUGUUUUGUGUGCCUGCAGCCACUGUGGUCUGGUUGAAGAAGGAUUAAAAUAUUUCGACUCCAUGACUCAAACUUAUAAACUUGUUCCAAAAAGAGAACAUUACGCUUCAAUGGUUGAUAUGCUGUGUAGGAGUGGAAGGUUUAACCAAGCUGAGAGACUGAUCGCUCAGAUGCCCUUUGAACCUGAUGAAAUAAUGUGGUCAUCAAUUCUUAACGCAUGUAGAAUUCAUAAGAAUCAAGAGCUAGCAAAGAAAGCAUCAGACAAGCUAUUCAAUAUGAAAGUGCUUAGAAGCGCUGCUCCAUAUGUCAGCAUGUCCAAUAUCUAUGCAGAAGCUGGUGAAUGGGAUAGCGUAAGCGUGGUAAAGAAGGCUAUGAGAGAGCGAGGAGUUAGAAAAGUCCCAGCUUACAGCUGGGUAGAAGUUAAACAUAAAGUUCAUGUUUUCUUAGCCAAUGACAAGGCUCACCCAGAAAUGGAAGAGAUUAGGAAGAAGAUUGAUGAGCUGGCUGAGCAGAUGGAGAAAGAAGGGUACAAACCCGACCCAAGUUGUACCCUUCACGAUAUCGAUGAGGAACUCAAGAUAGAGUCUCUUAAAUAUCACAGUGAGCGUCUUGCCAUUGCGUUUGCACUUAUUAGCACGCCAGAAGGGACACCUAUCCUGGUGAUGAAGAACCUCCGAGCUUGUACUGACUGCCAUGCGGCCAUCAAGGUAAUCUCCAAAAUAGCUAAAAGGGAAAUCACAGUCAGGGAUUCAAGCAGAUUCCAUCAUUUUAGAAAUGGAUUUUGCUCUUGCGGGGAUUACUGGUAGUCUUUUUUUUUUUUUUUUGGAGACAAUCUAAAUCCCUGACUUGAUUUCUCCUGUAAGAGCAAAAUGCACGAUUUUUUGGUCAAUUAAAAAAAAAACCGUUACUUAGACCAAGUAACUUGAACCGA